AUGCUGAGCGCCGUGUCUAUGCGCACUGCUCUUCCUCUGUGCGGCCACUCUGCGCGGGUGGUGGCACCUCUGCUUACCUCGUCGACACGUCGAGGCUUUGCGUCCAGCGUCGCACGACUGAAUAACCUAUCCGCUUCGUCGACAUCUGAGCCUAUCGCGCCUGGUACAGAAGGACCUCACAUCAAAAAUGUACCCGCCCCCGUCAAGGGAGACGUCCACGAUGAGUUCAAGGGCGACUGGGUCCUCUUCCACCCCGUAUACUCGCCGGAGGAGCUCCAUUCUGUCUCUGUCCUGAAACGUGAGGCGAAGACAUGGCAAGAUAAGCUUGCGUCUGGCUUCGUCUCCUUCACAAGGAAAAGCUUCGACAUUGUGUCGGGAUACAAGCACAAAGACAUUCCACCCGAUAGCAAGCUGUCCAUCCAAGAGCUUCGCAAGCAGGGAUACCUUAUGGACGAGUCGCAGUGGCUGCAGCGCAUUCUCUUCCUCGAGAGCAUCGCCGGUGUGCCAGGCAUGGUAGCGGCUACCAUCCGCCACCUUCGCAGCCUUCGCCUCAUGCGCCGCGACGCAGGCUGGAUCCACACUCUGCUAGAAGAAGCCGAGAACGAACGGAUGCACUUGAUGACGUUCAUGACGCUCAAGAACCCCGGCAUCUUCUACCGCGCACUCAUCCUCGGCGCCCAGGGUGUCUUCUAUAACGCAUUCUUCCUCUCGUACCUGAUCUCUCCCCGCCUCUGCCACCGCUUCGUCGGCCACCUCGAAGAAGAAGCCGUCCUCACCUACACGCGCUGCAUCGAAGAGCUCGAAGCCGGUCGUCUUCCCGAGUGGCAAGACAAACCCGCGCCGGGCAUCGCGAUCGACUACUGGCGUCUUCCGGCGGACGCGACGCUGAAGGACGUGAUCUAUGCAGUGCGCUCAGAUGAAACGACGCACAGGUUCGUCAAUCACUCGCUUGCGAAUCUGAAGAAGGACGAUGCGAACCCGUUUGCGUUGAGGGAGCCAGAUAUGACGGUGAAGGGGAAGCUCAUCGAGUUCGACCGCUCGGCAUCGGAGCAGUACGUGCAUGAGAGCAAGAAGCUCUGGGAGGAGGCGCAAGCCCAGGCCGAGCACAAGCACUGA